AUGGCCGGCAUGAAAUUCCUCUCAGUGCUACUUGCGUCUGCUGGGCUGGCGCAGGGUAAAUACAUUGUACCAGGGGCCCGUUGGCGCGAUACCAAAGGCGAGCUGGUCAACGCCCACGCCGGCGGCGUCACCAUCGACCAUGAGACGGGCAAGUUCUGGUGGUUCGGCGAGUACAAGAUCGAGGGCCAGGAGGAAGGCGGCGGCGUGUCGGUGUACAGCUCCGACGACCUAGCGACCUGGGAGCCGCACGGCCUGGCCCUGGCCCCAAUCGAAGACCAUCCGUACAUAUCGCCCGAGCACAUCAUCCAGCGGCCCAAGGUCGUCUACUCCAACGCGACGGGCAACUACCACAUGUGGUGGCACGCCGACAACUCGACCUACGGCUGGCUGCUGCAGGGGUUCGCCACGUCGCCAAACAUCUCGGGCCCCUACACGUUCGUGGACGCCAUGGCGCCGCUCGGGAACUGGAGCCAGGACUUUGGCAUCUUCACCGACUACAAGGACGGCAGGUCCUACUCGCUCUACUCCAACGGCGACCGCAGGGAUGCGAGGGACAACUAUAUUACCAGGUUCAACGAGGAGAUUACGGACCUGGAGGAGGUCGUGUACCGCUUUCACAAGUACGACCUCGAGGCUCCCAACAUUGUGCAGACUGACAAGUCGUACUACAUCCUCAUGAGCCACAAGACGGGAUACCGUCCCAACGAUGUUGUUGCGAUGCGUGCCGAUAGCCUUUCUGGACCUUGGUCGCAGCCUUUCACGAUUGCACCGAGGGGAACAAGGACAUAUAGCUCACAGUCUGGCAAUAAUCUCCGUAUCGUGGGGACGGAGCAGACCACAUAUCUCUAUAUCGGUGACCAAUGGGAUCUCAACUCCCUUUGGGAAAGCCGAUACAUCUGGCUCCCGCUCGAGAUCGACGACGAGAAAAAUACGCUAUCCGCAGUCUGGCACGACGUGUACGACCUCGACGUCAAGACGGGCCGCUGGCACCCGAUCGAGGGCAAGACCUACUACAGCAGCGACGCGACGGUGGCAGGGAAUGCAUUCCGGCAAGAGGCCAACUUUGCGUCGAGCGGCGCCAUCGUGACGGGCAUCUACGGCAACGACAGCUCCGUGACGUUUUCCGGGAUCGAGGGCACCGGAAAGCCGCAGUGGGUGUCGUUCAUCUACCAAAACACCGACGACAUGGACUUUGGCAACCAGCCUGGCGGCACGCCCGACCGUAUCGGCGGGUCGUGGCAGCUGAGGAGGAUCAGCAGCGUCGUCGUCAACGGGGACGAGGAUCAUGUCGAGUCGCUCUACCAGAGGGACACGAUGAAGGGCGUUCUGGGGAGCGCGCCGCUGUUGUUGACGUUGGAGGAGGGCGCAAAUAACACCAUCACUAUUGGAGGGCUGAGCAAUGGGUUUGACUUUAGGGGGGCUGAUAUUGACAGGAUUGUCGUCUACCCACCGGAGGAAUAG